UGACUGGCUGCGUUGACGUCAGCGCCGUGUUGAUUUGCUAAGGCGAGAGAAGAAAGGAGUUAGUGCGCGUUGAGAGAGCGGGUACUGCGAACUGCCUUACUAUGCUGUAGCCCCGAUCCCCGCGCGCGCUACACGGACUCCGAACGUGCAACUUGGGUUUUGUUUACAACCACACCUAAAAAACACUGCUCAGCGGGGAAGGCGAGCCUCAUGAGUCGGCCUCGUGGAUUGCAUCAACAUAAUGGAUUUAACUAAAAUGGGUAUGAUCCAGCUCCAGAACCCCAACCACCCCACUGCCCUGCUGCAGAAGGCCAACCAGAUGCGUCUGGCCGGGACUCUCUGUGACGUGGUCAUCAUGGUGGACAACCAGGAGUUCCACGCUCACCGGACUGUGCUCGCCUGCACCAGCAAAAUGUUUGAAAUCCUUUUCCAUCGCAGCAGCCAGCAUUACACUCUAGACUUUCUUUCACCAAAGACAUUUCAGCAGAUUUUGGAGUAUGCGUACACUGCCACGCUCCAGGCCAAGGUGGAGGACUUGGAUGACCUGCUGUAUGCAGCAGAGAUCCUGGAAAUUGAGUACUUGGAGGAGCAAUGCCUCAAGAUCCUGGAGACGAUCCAGUCCUCGGACGAGAAUGACGUGGACGUCAAUGCAAAUGACGGGAGCACAGAGGAGGAAGACGAGCGCAAAGGCCUCAGCGGAGCCAAGAACUCCAAAAAGCAUUCCUUGGAAGGUUCUUUCCAGUCAGGUACCCAGCAAGUCUCCACCAUGGCCGGCAUGGUGGACCAGAGCCCCUCAGUCUCCACUUCCUUUGGUAUCUCCACCAUGAGUCCCACCAAAGCCGCUGUGGACAGCCUGAUGAGCAUCGGCCAGUCUCUGCUCCAGCAGGGCUUUGGUGUGGAGCACCCCCUCCACGGCAACUCCCACCACCUGAUGCCCGAGAUCAAGACUGAGAUGAUGCAAGUGGACAUGGGUGGCAACGGCCACGACAGCCCCCAGAACAUGGAGUCCAGCGGCUCCAGCAACGGCGAGCGGGGCGGAGAGGACAGGAACCGAGACGGCCCCGGGACACCCACCAGGAGCAGCGUGAUCACCAGUGCCCGCGAGCUGCAUUACAUCCGCGAUGACAGCAUGGGCGACCCUCAGGCUGAAGUUAGUCAGAUGGGGCUGGAGGCGAUGGCCGGCAUGACCGAGAAACACCUGGCCUCUCUGUACUCCCUACCUGUCAAUCACAAGUCAGACACCAUCAUGUCCAUGCCGGCGUCCAUGGCCUCGGCUCUGCCCAUGUCCCCAGCUCUGGCCAUGUCUAUGGACUUCAGUGCCUACGGGGGACUCCUGCCACAGAGCUUCAUCCAGCGAGAGUUCUUCAGCAAGCUCGGGGAGCUAGCGGCGGGCAUGAAACCGGACGGCAGGAACCAGCACGAGCGCUGCAACGUUUGCGGCGCAGAGCUGCCAGAUAACGACGCGGUGGAGCAACACAGGAAGAUGCACAGUGGAAUGAAGACCUACGGCUGUGAGCUGUGUGGGAAGAGCUUCCUGGACAGCCUCCGCUUACGGAUGCACUUGCUGUCUCACUCAGCUGGUGAGAAGGCCAUAGUGUGCGACCAGUGCGGCGCCCAGUUUCAGACGGAGGAAUCCCUGGAGGCUCACCGGCAGAUCCACACUGGUUCCGACAUGGCCAUCUUCUGCCUGCUCUGUGGCAAGCGCUUCCAGACCCAGACGGCGCUGCAGCAGCACAUGGAGGUCCACGCCGGCGUGCGCAGCUACAUCUGCAGCGAGUGCAACCGGACCUUCCCCAGCCAUACCGCGCUCAAGCGCCACCUACGCUCACACACAGGGGACCACCCGUUCGAGUGCGAGUUCUGCGGGAGCUGCUUCCGCGACGAGAGCACGCUAAAGGGCCACAAGCGCAUCCACACCGGGGAGAAACCCUAUGAAUGUAACGGCUGCGGGAAGAAGUUCAGCCUCAAGCACCAGCUGGAAACCCACUACCGCGUGCACACAGGUGAGAAGCCAUUCGAGUGCAAGCUGUGCCACCAGCGAUCCAGGGACUACUCUGCCAUGAUCAAGCACCUGCGCACUCACAACGGCGCCUCUCCCUACCAAUGCACCAUCUGCCUGGAGUACUGCCCCAGCCUGUCAGCCAUGCAGAAGCACAUGAAGGGCCACAAGCCGGAAGACAUCCCCCCAGACUGGCGCAUAGAGAAGACCUACCUGUACCUGUGCUACGUCUGAGAGGGGUGCGUCUGAGGGGUGAGAGGGGGCUGAGGGGUGAGGGGAAUGUAAUGGAGCAGAUGGGAGGCACAAAGCUGUGGCGGAGCGUUGGCGAUCGAGGAAUGUCAACGGCGAGAGACUUGAACGUGCGAGGGUUCGAUUUCUCUUUUUCCUGUUCAUGCAAAGGCGCGAGUGACCCAGGGGGGAGGACGGGGCGGCGACGAUGGGACCAAAGUGCUGCGAGGAGGAAGGGAGGGAUUCUCCGCCAUUGUUCGGAUUCACCGGGUCAUUCACUACAUCUGCAGCCGUGUUAUUGUUUCAGGCCAUUUCAUGCGGCGGCACAACGCGAGCGAGCUGCGAACCAGUGACUUUUUCACAAGCUGCUGCCGAAUCGAUGGGGAGCGCGAUUCUCAAGGGCUAUCUGAACCUGCACAUCAACCAUCAGGACCAAGUCACAUCCAUUUGUUCUCGUUGAUUCACAUUAUUUCCCAGCCGGUUUAGAGUUUAGUUUCCUUUAGCUUCAGGCCACCGUUCUUCAUCCCCACCAUCGUCCACGACAUUGUCUUGGAUGAGAAUUAAGAUGCAUUCUCCACCAGUUGCACUGAGUCAAUGAAGCGAACGCCCCACAGACACAGGAAACGCGUCGGUUCCGUUAGCCGCGUCCUCUUCCGCCUGGACAGCAGCCACAGGCGUCUCCGGGUUCCCUCAGAGCCCAGUGGCGGCAGGCAGAUAGCCCCUGAGAAUCAGCAGCAGUGCCAGCGGGCGUAGGCGGUGGAUGAAGCCGCUGAAUGGGACGGACGGGAGCACUAAAAUACUGCAAACCAAGCAUCUGUUGGUUUGGGAGAGAGAGGACGCUGGAGCUGCUUUUCACUUGGAUCUCGAGCUUUUCCGCGGUGGUUUUCUGGCUCCCGCAUCUGCGUCAGAUGAGGCUGGAGUCACCGCACGGCCCCGUGGAGUUCUCCCCAGGGAACCAAAGGCUAACCCGCGUCACCUUCUCCAUCUUGUAUUCUUUAUUUUUAAGCUCUGCAUCAUUUAUCAAGGCUUGAUUGCACAGAUACAACGAAUUACGACAACAGUCUCUGUUCGAUGUGCGCAAGGUAUAUAUUUUUUUCAUGAAACCAUAAGUUGCUAUUACAGUAAACCCAGCCUGGCCGCCACCAACUCAGCAAUAGAUACCUGGACUGCUUCUUUCCACGCACAUUUAUCCGGAUGACUGUCAUUAUCCCACACUAAAGAUGAACUACACAAACUGACACACGAACAGUAACUCUGACCGUCCGUUCACCACGGCGAUGGCAAAACAAAAAUUGGAAGCCGCUGCUUCUUUCCGUGGGAGUCCUGUGACUUUGACUGCUGGUAGCGAAUGUCGGGGGGGGAGUGGGUCGCAAGCGCCGGCGACGCCUUUGUUGCACACGCCACCAUCCGUCAAAGGCGCCGCGGCGGCUGGAGGACUGUUAUGUGGGAACUCAGAACAUGAAUGUGAGCGACCGCGAGCCAGGGUCGCGCCGCGGCUGUGCCACGACGCGCGCCGUAGCUAAUGCUGCCUUUCACUGCCGGUCAGAAGCUGAUUCCAGCCCCAGAGUCUGCACCGAUAUUUAUAAUUCUACUUCUGUUACUGUGUUUCGCUUGUUCAUAUUCCUGGGUAUAUUUGCACUGAAUAAAUCUACCACCAGUGUUUCAAGUAAUGAUACUAUGUGUACAAGAGGGUCACCUAAUGAGAAGGUAAUUGUAGUAACAGCAAUUUUUUGUUUAUGCUUAAUUGUUAAAUCACAGUGAGCAUCCUGAAGAUCCUUGUUUUUGGUGAGGGGACAGGAAGUUCGGACCUUCUGGCGUCUGAAACGCAGCAUUAGACUCGUAUCGCAUGCACAGCCGCAGGUGUUGGUCUGGGUGGUCACAUAUCCGAGGCUCGGGGGGGGGGCGACCAGUAAGACGACAGAAUAAAUCAGCUCUUUCCUCUGUGGUGUUUUCCCCGCGCAUCGUCUCUAUCAAAUCGUCUCCUUUUGUCGUCGUCGUCGUCGUCGUCAUUGAGCUUGAGUUUGAUCUCAACACAUCGUACUUGAAUUACCUCGUUUUUCGUGACCUCAUGUUGCUUGUUGUGUUUUAAUUUUCCCUUUUGAUUCGUUUGUACACUUUCCUUGGUUGAAGUGUAUGUCGGAAAGAUGCAUUGCACGACCUGAUGAAGCAAUGUGUGCGUAGAAAAAUUAAGUGCCAUGGUGAAGAGAUUUGUUUUGCUGAUGUUGUGUAUUUCUUUGUGCAUUACUUGUUACCAAACUUGGUAUUAUUAACCCCGCUUGUUAAAAAGCUGGACAGUUUGGUCAUUUGUUAUAAAAGCUACCUCUAAGUUGUUUUUUGUUGUUUGUCUGUUUUGGCAAAAGCACAUGUUAUUCUGUGUUUGCGUUCUGCAUUGUUUCAUUUCUACUUCAUCUCAUGCUUGUUUUUUCAAUCGUUGAUUUAUGAUUGUCUGCAUUUUUAAGCAAAUGUGUAUAUGAAAGGGUAAGAGAUAGGAAACUCAUUGGACGAUAGGAUGAGACAAGUCCUUCAGGUGGAUGUUAUUCUUGUCUUAUAGUCUCCCCCUGCACCUCCAACCACAGACGAGCAGAGAAAAAUAAAGCAAUUCUGAAGCCUUAAUUAAUGAAUAUGAGGGACGCGAUAAGAGGAAGUACAAUUGCUUUUGAAGAGGGUUUAAAGACAAAACAAGAGUUAAAACUUGAAAACCUGUGAACAGAAUUGUAGUUUUGUAAUGUGAAAAAAAAAAAGACGGUGGUUCAUCAAAAGCGCUGAACCUCCCAGGACAGGUCAUGUUUGCAGUGAUGCAGAGUGCGUUGGACAAUUGGAACUGCAAGUGGUAAUCAAAAAAGAAAAACCAGGAGGUUAAAAAUAGAGAUUCUCUCGGCUGACAAGUUCUCUUGAGACGUGUGUAUUCCUGAACAAGAGCCAACAAAGGCAAUUUGAUAUAUAAAAUUGUGAUAUUUUUGUAUUGAGUGUCAGUCUUUUUUCCAUUUGUGGAGGGUUACAGCAGGGCACAAAUAUUUGUAUUUCUUUUUUUUUUUAACCUGUUAUUUUCUCUGGGUGUGACUCGUUUUUGCCUUGCUCCUCUUUGAUAUUGUUGGACAAAAACGUGCGUGAACAUAUUGUAAUAAUAAGUGUUGCUUUCUGGAUGUCAAUUGCAUUGUAGGUGAAGGACUAAAUCUAUCUGCCACAAAUUUUACGAGUGUGUCUGUAUGUGAGAAAGUUUAAAAAAAACAAAACAAACAAAAAAAAAAAGAUAAUGCGGUUUGGCAGGGGGGCGCUGCCGAACCAACCAAUUAGUACUUGUCAUUCACAAUUUUUCAAUCAAACUUGACUGUCGGCAUAUUUGUUUUGUUAUUAUUUUAUUUUUUUCUUUUGUACUUGAAAAAAAAAAAAAGAAGGGAUGGCAUGUCCCGUGGUGUCUUGCCAUUUUAUUCUCAAACACUGUGAGCUGAGGGGGCGUUUUCACCCUCAUUUAAUAUCCACCCACUAUAAUAUCCCCAGUCAUGGCUCAGUCUGAACCGCCACAAUGCAAGACCUGUUCAGUCACAUUAUUCCUGUCAUUGUCCUCUGAAUGUUUUCUACUUUGUUCGUGCGGGUGAAAGCGUGCGUAGCUGUGUGUGGGUGCGUGUGUGUGUGUGUGUGUGUGUAUUAGUGGGAAAAUGCACUAAUCAGAUCAGAUACAAAAUAAAAUGAUAUUCUAUGCCACUUUUUUUCUCUAUGUUGGAAAAAAUAUAUAUACAUUGGCAUCGAUAUAGUUCUUCCCUCAGUGUUCCUCCGAUGUUUCUGUACUAUCUUUGUGCCUAAAAAUGGAAAUUGUUCAACAAAAAUAUCCAUCUAUAUCUGCUUAGUUUCUGUAUUUUCAGAAGAAAAAUAAAAGUGGUGACUCCAGCACCCUAGGGAUGUCAUGACGCUCUAAAAUGACCUGAUUUUGAUUUGGUUCCUAUAAUCCUGAAUAGAGCAGGGCUUUUUUUUUUCAAGGACGGCAAUAAUUCCUUAAUGCUAUUGAAACGGCGACUGGGAUUUUUGCUUGCCCUUCUUUUCUCGGGCCGUGCUCCGUGAUUGGCACCCAGAAGAAUUUAUUUAGCCACACAAAACAAAGCACGGGGAGGAUAUUUAGUGAGCAGGCUGCAGCGGUGACGACCAAAUGUGCUCUGAGAUGUUUUUUUUUUGUUUUUUUUAUUUCUUUGAGCACAUUUUUCCAAGUCUCCGUCUCCACUCGGGUCGUCUGUAUUUUUGUCUGUUUUGCUCAGCAACAGGUUUUGCUGAUGGAGACUUUAUAUUGCUCUUGAGAAAAAAGAGGAAAACCUCCAUUUGGGCUGGUUGGCGUGAGGGUAUUCUCCAUUUUUAAAGUACUUUUUCUUUCUAGAAGGGGGUGGUGUUUCUUUGUCGGAGGAAUCAUGACAUCCCUGGAGCUGGCACUCUGUGUUUUGGUGUGGUGUUUCUAGAACAAAGUAGCCAUUUCAUGCAGUGUUGCAGUGCAUGUGCCAUCGAGGUCUAGACUAAAAACUGUUUGAGUAACAAAGCACCAAGACAUUGUAUUUUUUUAUAUUAGCACUGAGGACCAAUUGCCCUGUCGGACCAAGCAUAACAAAGCUUUUUAUGUAACAAAGCUUUUUCUCUCUCUGUCUUUCCCUGGCUUGUCUGUGCUACUUCUCUCCUCCAUUGUUGUGACAGCACAAGUGCCAGUCAAGUUGCUCUGUAUUAAGAAAAUAGUGUUUUUAUUAUAAUUUGAAUUGUUAUAGUUUUGUCUACCUCAGCACCUAAUCUUAGCCUAAUCUUAGAAGGUGCCCAAUUAUUAUUUUUUUUUCUUUAUUUUGUUCUCUUAUUGCUGUCGGUUGUAUGAUUUGUUCUCUUUUGAAAUUUGCAUUAGAGCUUUGCAAAGGUCCUUUGUCUUUUCCAGCGACAACGUGCUAUUUCUUUCUGUGGCAGUGCGUUUCCUGUUGACCUGUGCCACCAAUCUAUAGCCACCAUCUGUUGAUAUAGAGGUUGUUCUUUUUGUUUCUUUCCAUGUAGAAUCAGACACAUCUCUUUGUAACAUUUCAGUGUUCUCUGAUGGAGUGUGAAAAAAUAAAAAGGAAAAAUAAAAGAAUUAAUGCUGCAGGUUCUCUUCUCCAUGUUGUCACUAAAGUCAAUGUUGUGCCUUUGAUAGUGAAGAUAUAAAGAAUAUUUCCUAUUUUACAUCCUACUAACAGUAGAUUGUUUUUUAGUGAUUUUUUUUUGUAUUUUUAUUUAUAAGUCUCAUAAAGGAAUCAGAUCCUGAUGUUCAGUUGUAUCCUUUCAAUCUGCAGUUAGAAAAAAAUAAAAAAACAAUGACUUCC